AGGCUAAUAUUUUACCUCUCCAUACAGCUAAAUUGUUAAAAAUAAAAAAAUUAGAUAAGACAAGGACUGUCCUAAUAAGUUUUGGAGAUCAAAGAAUAAAACCAGAAGGAGAAGUUAUUUUGGACUGUACUAUAAAAAACAAAAGAUUAGACGCAUGCAGAUUAUUAAAAUUGAUUGGUAGAAUAGAUACAGUAACACUGACAAAGUUGGAAGAUAAAGUUAGUAGGAAAAAAUAUCAUAUUACUUUAGACCAAGAGGUAACUCCAGUUAUAAGUCCAAAUAGGAGAGUACCAUUUAGUAUUAUUCCUGAGUUAAAAGAUACUAUUAAGUCACUGGAGAUAAGGAACGUUAUCAAGAAAAUAAAUGAACCGACUGAGUGGGUAAGUCCCUUAGUGAUUGUUAAAAAACCUAAAGGAGGACUUAGAUUAUGCUUAGAUCCAAAAAAUCUUAAUAAAGCAAUAAGGAGAGAGCACCAUCCCAUCCCAAACGUUGAAGAAAUAUUAGCAGGGUUAGAAGGUAAAAAAUUGUUUAGUGUAUUAGAUCUCAAAGAUGGUUUCUGGCACGUGAAAUUAGAUGAGGAUAGUUCAAAAGUGUGUACGUUUACUACACCAUUUGGUCGUUAUUGUUUUAUGAGAUUACCUUUUGGAAUUUCAUCUGCACCUGAAGUUUUCCAGCGUAAGACAAGUGAGGCUUUUGGAGAAAUUGAUGGAGUGCUCUGUUAUUUUAAUGAUCUUAUUAUAUCAGGAGCAACAGAACUAGAACACGAUAGAGCCCUUGUUAGAGUGUUAAACAGAGCUAGAGAAUUAAAUAUAAAAUUUAAUAAGGAAAAGUUUCAAUUCAAGCGAAAUACAGUAAGUUAUGUUGGACAUGAAAUUUCGCAUGAGGGUGUGAGGCCAGAUAAGAAACAUAUAGAAGCAGUAGUAAAAUUAAGUUAUCCAAAAACGAAAAAAGAGCUGUUGAGAUUGUUAGGAUUAGUAAAAUAUGUUGGAAAAUUUAUACCAAACCUAAGUAAAAUAACUGCACCUUUAAGACAACUUACACAAAAUAAUGUUGAAUUUAAGUUGCAAAGUCAACACAUACAGUCCGUCGAUAAGCUUAAAAAAUUGUUAUCAACAUCACCGCUUCUUAAAACCUUUGAUAACAAAAAGCCUAUCAUAAUACAGACAGAUGCUUCUCGAGAUGGGCUGGGUUCUGCAUUAAUACAAAAUGGGCAUGUAGUGUCGUAUGCAUCUCGUAGUUUAAAUAAUGCUGAGAAACAAUAUGCCCAAAUAGAGAAAGAGAUGCUAGCCAUAUCGUUCGCGUGUGACAAAUUUCAUACAUUUAUUUAUGGCAGAAAAGUAGUUGUUCAAUCUGACCAUAAACCACUGGAGUCUAUUUUCAAAAAAGAUUUGCAUAAAGUAACUAUGAGACUGCAAAGAUUAAGAAUGCGACUGCUAAAGUAUGAUUUAAGUAUUGUGUUUACACCCGGUAGAGAGAUGUACAUUGCAGAUACAUUAUCAAGGGAUUUUUUAAGCACAGAAGGUGAUAAUGAUCCUGAAAUAGAGUUAGUGGUUCUUGAGUUAAUAGAAAGUCUAGCUAUGUCGAAAGAGAAAAAGAAGUUAUUUGAAACAGAAACAGAAAAAGAUAGUGAACUAAGUACCCUUAUCAAAUUGUGCAACACUGGUUGGCCAAUGACUAAAAAUAAAGUCCCACACAACAUACAAUUUUAUUGGAACAUUAAAGAUGAUCUAAUGAUAGUAGACGGACUAGUAUUUUUAAAUAAGAAAGUUGUUGUGCCUGAGGUAUUGAAAAAUCCAAUGUUAAAAAUAAUACAUGAAGGACACUGGGGAAUAGUCAAGUGUAAGUCCAGAGCAAGAGAGUUACUGUAUUGGCGUGGUAUGGAUAAAGACAUAGAGAAAUUAGUUCAGUCAUGUAAUGUUUGUACUAAACUACAAAAUGCUAAACCUAAGGAACCUUUACUAUCUAAUCCUGUACCAAACAGAUCUUGGGAAAGAUUAGGAGCAGAUAUAUUAGAGUUUGAUCAUAAGUAUUAUUUGGUAGUCGUUGAUUAUUAUUCUAACUGGAUAGAGUUGUUACAUAUCUCUAAUAAGUCAGCUAGUGAAAUAAUUUCUAAAUUUAUGUCUAUUUUUGCUAGGUUUGGUAGUCCUGAUAUAGUAGUAGCUGACAAUGUACCAUUUAAUAGCAUCGAAUUUAGGAACUUUGGAAAAGCCUGGAACUUUGAAGUGAUUACAAGUAGUCCUAAUUAUCAGCAGUCAAACGGCUUAGCUGAAAAAUUUGUGGGGAUUUGUAAAAAGAUUUUAAAAAAGAGUGUUGAGAGUAAGCAAUCCCCAUAUAUUUCACUGUUGGAAUAUAGAAACACUCGUAUUGAACGUGUGGGUUUUUCUCCAGCAGAACUGCAUACAAAAAAGUGUAAUGAAUUUAUACCACAAGAGGAUAUAUUAUUCUUAAAAGAUAAUGUGUGGGUACCAGGAAAAAUAAUUAAGAAAGCUAAUGCACCUAGGUCUUAUUGGUUGAUUGAUUUGUUUAAAAAAGAGUUUAGAAGAACAAGUAGACAUAUAAGAAAAAGAAUCCUAGGACCAAUUAGUAUAAAUGGUGAGAGUGAUGAGAAUGAAAACCUUGAAGAAAAAAAU